AUGGAUCCGGCGCUGCUCUUCGUGCUGGGGUUGCUGGCCCAGGGCCUGGGCCUGUCGUGGGGGACGCCUGGACCGGGCGGACCCAGCACCCUGUACCCCUGGCGCCGCGCACCCGCGCACGGCCGCGCGCGCAGGGCCUGGGUCAUCCCACCCAUCAGCGUCUCGGAGAACCACAAGCGCCUGCCCUACCCCCUGGUGCAGAUCAAGUCGGACAAGCAGCCCCUGGGCGGCGUCAUCUACAGCAUCCAGGGGCCCGGCGUGGACGAGGAGCCGCGCGGCGUGUUCUCCAUCGACAAGUUCUCGGGGCGGGUCUUCCUGAACGCUGUGCUAGACCGGGAACUGACGGACCGCUUCAGGCUCCGGGCCUUCGCUCUGGACCUGGGGGGCUCCGCCCUGGAAGACCCCACGGACCUGGAGAUCGUGGUUGUGGAUCAGAAUGACAACCGGCCAGUCUUCCGCCAGCAGGUGUUCACAGGACGCGUGCUGGAGGGCGCCGUGCCCGGCACCUACGUGACCAGGGCUGAGGCCACGGAUGCCGACGACCCCGAGACAGACAACGCAGCGCUUCGUUACUCCAUCCUGGAGCAGGGGGCGGCUGCGCUCUUCAGCAUCGAUGGAGUCUCAGGGGAGAUCCGCACUGUGCAAGUGGGCCUGGACCGCGAGGGGGUCGCCGUGUACAACCUGACCCUUCAGGUGGCAGACAUGUCUGGGGACGGCCUCACGGCCACCGCCUCAGCCAUCAUAACCCUCGAGGACAUCAACGACAACGCUCCCAGCUUCACCCGGGAUGAGUUCUCCAUGCAGGCCACUGAGGCCGUGAGCGGUGUGGACUUGGGGCGGCUGGAGGUGGAGGACAAGGACCUGCCUGGCUCCCCCAACUGGGCCGCCACAUUCACCAUCCUGGAGGGGGACCCAGAUGGGCAGUUCAGCAUCCGCACGGACCCCAAAACCAAUGAGGGCGUGCUGUCUGUGGUGAAGCCCCUGGACUAUGAGAGCUGCGAGCACCACCACCUCAAAAUUGGGGUGCAGAACGAGGUCCCCCUGCAGGCAGCCACGCCCAGGGCUGAACGGGGCGAGGCCAGGGUGAGCGUGCGUGUGCAGGAUGUGAACGAGCCUCCGGUGUUCCAAGAAAACCCGCUGCGGACCAGCCUGGCCGAGGGGGCAGCCCCAGGGACGCCCGUGACCAUCUUCUCUGCCCAAGACCCUGAUACACACCAGCUGCAGAGGCUCCGCUACACCAAAGACUAUGACCCCGAGGACUGGCUGCAGGUGGACGGGGCCACCGGCCGUAUCCAGACGCAGAGAGAGCUCAGCCCACACUCGCCCUUCCUGCAGGGCGGGUGGUACAGAGCUAUCAUCCUGGUGGAGGACGAUGCUUCUCCUCCCAGUACAGCCACGGGGACCCUAUCCAUCGAGAUUCUGGAGGUCAAUGACCAUGCCCCUGAGCUGGCCCCCGCAGGAGGGAGUCUGUGCAGCACCCCUGACCUGGGCUCUGGCCUCCUCCUGGGGGCCGUGGACGAGGACAUGCCUCCCCAUGGGGCCCCCUUCCACUUCCAGCUGAAUCCCAGGGUGCCAGGGCUGGCCCAGAACUGGACCCUUCGCCAGAUCAAUAUGAGCCACGCCCGCCUGCAGCUCCGGCACCGGGUCCAGGAGGGGCUGCACCCGCUCAGCCUGCUGCUCCGGGACUCGGGACAGCCCCCGCUGCAGCGCGAGCAGAGCCUGAACGUGAGCGUGUGUCGCUGUGGCCAGGACGGCACCUGCCUGCCCGGGGCCGCGGCGCUGCGAGCCGGCGCUGCGGGGGUCAGCGUGGCCGCCCUGGUGGCGGUGCUGGCCAGUCUCGUCCUGCUGCUCCUGCUCGCCCUGCUCGCCGCCCUUCUGGUGCGCGCCCGGCAGCGCUCGUGGGAGAAGGUGCCCCCGAGUGGGCCGAGGGACGACCUUCGCGACAACAUCCUCAACUACGAUGAGCAGGGAGGCGGGGAGGAGGACCAGGACGCCUACGACAUGGACCAGCUGCGCCACCCGGCCGGACUCCCGGCCCCGUGCGCGCGGCUAGGGCGGGCGCCGCUGCGCAGGGAUGCGCCCUUGGGCCGCGGGGGUCCCCAGUCCGCCCGCGCGCUGCCCUCGGACCCCGGGGACAUCGAGGAGUUCAUCAGCGAUGGCCUGCAAGCGGCCGACGCCGACCCCAGCGUGCCCCCCUACGACACGGCGCUCAUCUACGACUACGAGGGCGACGGCUCGGUGGCCGGCACACUGAGCUCGCUCCUGUCCAGCCUGGGGGACGAGGACCAGGACUACAGCUGCCUGCGGGACUGGGGGCCCCGCUUCGCGCGCCUGGCCGAUCUGUACGGCCCCCUGUGAG